UCAGAACUGCAGGCCCUUAUAUCUCGAUGGAAGUCCUUAUUUGCGCUACGGCUUUCAUCUGCAUAUUGUUGGUACCAUCAGAAGCGUUCGCAGUCAAGAAAAGAUGCUUUCGAUCAAAUGUGCGAAAGUUCACCAUUGUGCUGUACAAGGACGAUACUCGCAAGGUAUUCCAAGCCGAAGCACACCCGGCUCUGGACACCAAGGAAGGCUUUUUCCUAUUGUUAACGAUAAUGGCAAUGAAGAACGAUGUCAAAAGCUUUCUUUUCAAUUUCAAAGCUACCAAAUCCAAAUCAGAAGGCUAUGUAACUGAUCUCUUAACCCCAGGAGCAUUGAACAAUUGGCUGCUAUCUUGCCAACUAGUCUCUACCGCCGAUUUCACCCACAUUUUCGGAAAGUUUCCCAUUGAUCCUUUGGAAGUUGUAAAGUUUUAGUCAUGG